AUGAAGCAGAACAACGAGAACAAUUAUGUGAGAGUGUCAUAUAAUAACUUUAUGACUACUCGCAAUCGAUAGUUUGGAAAUGAACUCACGAACUUUUAGCGAAUCCCCACUCGUUCUGCUUCUCAAUUCAUAUGUUCAAAGCCCAUUCUUAAAAUGGAAGAGGAAAUCAUCCCUCCAGAAUUUGUGAACCCAUACGUAGUUGAUAUAUUUGAAUACCUAUGUGUCAAUCAACAUAAGUUCAUGUGUUAGACUCCAUUUUAUAUGAAUUUAUAAUUGGAUAUCACAAAUCAAAUGCGUUCAAUUCUAAUAGAUUGGCUAGUGGAUGUACAUCUCAAAUUUAAGUUACAACCUGAAACCCUUUACUUAACAAUCAACCUUAUAGAUCGCUAUUUGUCAAAAAACACAAUCAUGAGAAAUAAACUACAAUUGGUUGGGAUUGCAUCUUUAUUCAUAGCCUCUAAAUUUGAAGAGAUCUAUGCACCUGAAUUGAAGGAUUUCGUGCAUGUCUGUGACAACGCCUACACCAAAGAAGAAAUCUUAGAAAUGGAAAGCAAAAUCCUUUUGACUGUCCAAUUCAGCUUGACUUACACCUCACCACUUAAAUUCUUAGAACGAUAGAUUCAAGGAGCCAACCUUUGCGAUAAAAUCAACUAUGCCUCCCGCAUGAUCCUAGAAUUGUCCCUACUAGACAUUAAAUGUUUAAAGUUUUCUUCCUCAUUGCUAGCCACCACCUCCAUACUCCUUGCCAUCAAUAUGCUAAGAUCUCCACAAGUUCUUCCCUCAUCCUUGCAUUAUAUUGAAGACUAAGAGGAAUUAAGACAAUGUUUAUCAGAAUUCCUACCUGUUAUUUCACUUUUAAAAAGUUUCAACAUGACCGCAAUCAGGAGAAAGUAUCAACUGGAAAAGUUCAAUAAAAUCGCAGAUGUCAUCCUAACCAUCCUCCCUAAUUAAUAAUGA